CCCAGAGCUAUCCUGUGGCAUCUCAGCAUGGCUCGUGCACUGGGCGUACCAGUUGCACUGGGGUUGUUGGGCCUGUGCUGGUCUCUGACCCUUGCCCACCCUCUUCCUCCGGAUGGUACCCCUGGGAACGGAGCUGAAGGUGGGAGUGGGGCCAGAGUGAACCCAGAUGUGACAGAACCCUGUUCGGAUGGCUGGAGCUUUGAUGCUACCACCCUGGAUGAACAUGGGGCCAUGCUCUUUUUUAAAGGGGAGUUCGUGUGGAAGAGUCACAAAUGGGUCCGGGAGUUAAUCUCAGAGAGGUGGAAGAAUUUCACCAGCCCUGUGGAUGCUGCAUUCCGCCGUGGUCACAACAGUGUCUUCCUGAUCAAGGGGGACAAAGUCUGGGUGUACCCUCCGGAGAAGAAAGAGAAAGGAUAUCCUAAGUUGCUCCAAGAAGAGUUUCCUGGAAUUCCAUCCCCAGUGGAUGCAGCUGUGGAAUGUCACCGUGGGGAAUGCCAAGAUGAGGGUGUCCUCUUCUUCCAAGGUAACCACACAUGGUUCUGGGACUUGACUACGGGAGCCACAAAGGAGCGUUCCUGGCCGGCUGUUGGGAACUGCUCCUCUGCCCUGCGAUGGCUCAGCCGCUACUACUGCUUCCGGGGUAACCAAUUCCUGCGCUUCAACCCUGUCACGGGAGAGGUGCUUCCAAAGUACCCUCUGGAUGUUCGAGACUACUUCAUACCCUGCCCUGGCAGAGGCCAUGGACACAGGAAUGGGACAGGCCAUGGGAAUGGUACCCACCCUGGCCAUAGGGAUGUGCGCUGUGGCCCAGAUCUAGUCUUAUCUGCACUGCUGACUGACAACCAUGGUGCCACGUAUGCCUUUAGUGGGUCCCACUACUGGCGUCUGGACACCAGCCGGGAUGGGUGGCACAGCUGGCCCAUUGUCCAUCAGUGGCCCCAGGGUCCUUCAACAGUGGAUGCUGCCUUUUCCUGGGAUGAUAAACUUUACCUGAUCCAGGGCACUCAGAUAUAUAUCUUCUUGACUAAAGGAGGCUAUACUCUAGUAGAUGGUUAUCCAAAGAGGCUGGAGAAGGAAUUUGGGAGCCCUCAUGGGAUCAACCUUGAGGCUGUAGAUGCAGCCUUUACUUGUCCUGGGUCUUCUCGGCUCCACAUUAUGGCAGGACGGAAGCUGUGGUGGCUGGACCUGGAGUUAGGAGCCCAAGCCACAUGGACGGAGCUUCCUUGGCCCCAUGAGAAGGUUGAUGGGGCCCUGUGUGUGGAAAAGUCCCUUGGCCCCAACUCAUGUUCUGCCAAUGGCCUUGGCUUGUACCUCAUCCAUGGCCCCAAUUUGUACUGCUACAGUGAUGUGGAGAAACUGAACACAGCCAAGACCCUACCCCAGCCCCUGAGAGUGGACAGCCUCCUGGGCUGCAGUCAUUGAGAGGAGGGCUCUUGACAUGAGUCUGGCAUAGCCCCUUCUGCCUAUUUUCCUUACAAUAAAGCCAGAGUGCUUCUUUGCUGGA